AUGGAAACUCGAUCGGGCCGUCGCCUCAACACGCCGCCGCCGCGGCAAGGAUCUCGCCGCCGGCGUGAUCCGCGAGAUGCCGACCUCAUCGGCGCCCUCCCCGACGACAUCCUCCUCCUCGUCCUCGUGCGCCUACGCUGCGUCUGCACGGCCGCGCGCACCGGCCUCCUCUCGCGGCGGUGGCUCGGCCUCUGGACCCGGCUCCCGGAUCUCGCCUUCGACCGCAUCGCGCCCGCCACGGUCGAGUCUGCGCUCUCGCGCUUCUCCGCUUCGCCCCCCGUGUCCCUCCUCGACAUCCGCAUCCGGGUGGGGCACGCCGCCGUCCAGGCCAACUCCUUGCUGCGCGCCGCCGCUCUUGUAUCGCCGGCGGAGCUAUCCUUCUACUUCCCGGGUUCUCGUGUGGACGCGUCGAAUCUCACCCCCAUUGAGCUGCCUUGCUUCCACCGCAUCACCUCGAUCGAGCUGGAGACCUUGCUCUGCGUCAAGCCGCCGAUGGCCGGUGAGUUCACGGCGCUCGAGAGGCUGACCAUCAGGAGCAACAUCGACAACCUUGGCACCUUCACGCCACCGUCGAAUGGUGUGUUCCCGGCGCUUGAGAAGGUAAUCCUUAACGGCAACAUUGUCGACCUUGGCACCUUUCUCAGCCGCUGCCCGCUACUGCGCACCAUCACGAGGCUCUUGCCGCAGGAGCUAGUCUUCACUCACCUGCUUCAGGCACAAGGCUCACAGCAUAGCAAUAUUGACCUACCCUGCUUCCACCAUGCCACCUCAAUCAAGCUUAGCAUGCAUAACAUCUGCUUCACACGGCUGCUGGAUGGCGAGUUCUCCAAGCUCAGGAGGUUGUCCCUGAAAGGAUGCAUCAUCGACGACCUUGGCACCUUGGUCUCUCGUUGCCCGCACUUGCGUGUGCUCAAGGUGAAGGCAGCUACUUCCAAACGGGACAUCACGGUCCACUCAGCAUCGAUGCAGGAGCUUGUCCUUGGAACCUAUACCGAAUGCCGUGGCAUCAACAUCAUAACCCCGAUGCUCAAGGAAUUGAAAAUGGAAGUCCAUGCCGACAAGGACAUCAAUGUAUCUAUCUCGGCACCGAUGCUGGAGAAGGUCUCGUGGCAGCGCACAUAUACGGGGUUGCCCACUGUGUUUGGUUUUUGGCACCUUCAAAACCUGAGCUUAGAAAGACGUGGGUUGCUCACAGACAACCAUGUCCUGUUCGUGGACAUGUGUGCCUCAGAUUCUUCCAAUGCAGAACUGAGCUUUGCACAAGAAAUAGAGAAAGUUCUAGUUACUGACUUCUCCGUUCUAAACAUACGCCUCAAAGCAGUGGGGCAUGUGUAUGGAGCAACUUUGUUGAAUCUCUUCAGCGUCCUUCAUGUUCAUACUGGUCUGAAAAUACUUAAGGUCAUCCUACUGAGGUCGAAGAAAUCCGAGGUGUUGCAAGCAUGCUCCGGGAAUUGUUCUUGUGAUUCUCCCACGACCUGGAGAAGCCAAAGCAUCUCCAUGACUCAGUUGGAAGAAGUGGAAAUCAAAGGUCUAAAAGGAGAUGAUCAUGAGUUUGAUUUGUUGAAGUUGAUGCUCAGAUGCGCGCCGUCGCUUAAGAGAAUGACUGUUGAACUGGGAAAUGGGAUCAGGUCAUAUGACUAUGGAGGUUGUACUAAGAAAAUCAAUGACAUCUCCUUGGAUUAUCCUUCUGUGGAUUUCCAUGUUUAUGUCUCAGGCAGACUGGUGCUCCAUGCAUGUUCAUCAUGCUCCUAGACACAACAGUGCUGGAAUUGGGAUUACAUCAUAUGCUACAAGGAAUGUCUAUAGCAUCUCCUUCGGUUAGGUCUUCAGUGAAUUUCCAUGUUUACCCAUCUGAUAGACUCGUGCUCCAUGCAUGGUCAUCAUGCUCUUAGAGGCAACAUAAUUUUUUUUCGAUUGCAAGAAUGAUCCAGAUGCAACUCCUUUACUGUUAUUUUCAGUAAACUCUUGCUGAAAUUGCUGUACAUGUUGCCUUCAAAUAUUCGACUAAGAAACUUAUGAUGUUGUCAUGUGUCUUCCGUUUACAUGCUUUGUAUC